AUGGAGUCCCAUGUUCAACGCCUUGUUGAUCAGACCUGGGACAUUGACACCGCGGAAUUCCCAGAAAAGUUCCAGAAAUGCGACGGCUCGCAACGCCUCCUGAUCGCCAUCUCCGGCAUCCCAGGCAGCGGGAAAACCACCCUCGCGGCGUCCGUCUGUGCGGGCCUGAACAAAACCCACCACAACGACCUGAACAGGCGCUUCCCCAAUAGCCCCAGCCGCUCGAGCCCGGAUAUCGCCUUUGUCGUGCCGCUCGACGGCUACCACUUGACCCGCAAGCAGCUCAGCGAGAUGCCCAACGCCGAGGAAGCCAUCUUCCGCCGCGGCGCCGCCUUCACCUUCGACUCCCACAGCUACCUUAAGCUGGUCGAGCAGGUGCGCAAACCGAUCAGCCCGGAGACGUCCACCAUCUACGCACCCAGCUUCGACCACGCCGUCAAGGACCCUGUGGCGAACGACAUCGCCAUAUCACCCACGGCGCGCAUCAUCCUCUUUGAGGGUCUGUACACGGCCCUGGACGAGCCCGGGUGGCGAGAUGCCCACGAGUUGAUGGACGAGACGUGGUUCGUGGACGUGGACAUUCCCACGGCAACGCAGCGGGUCGCGAAACGGAACUUCGCCGCCGGUAUCUCGAGCUCCUUCGAAGAGAGCCUCGAUCGCACGGAGAAAAGCGACAUGAGGAACGCCCAGGAGGUCCUGGAGAAGAGGUUACCCGUGCAGGAGAUCGUACCCAGCGUCGAGGACGAGAGCUGGCGGAGUGAGGAGGUCCGGAACGUGGACGGCCAGUUACAGGGGGAGGAGGAGGAUCGCGAAAAGGACGAGGAGGAGAUAAGGAGAGAGCGGAUGACCAGGAUGGACAGCAUUGCAAUGCUGGCGGCGGAUGGGGUUGGCAUGUGA